GAAAGCAGCAGGUUUUGGACCUGAGAGAGAGGCUGUCCGUCUGAGUCCACUACCUUCUGCCUGGCCAACAAGCUACAGUGAUGCAGGAAGCUCAAAAGGUCAUCAAACAUCAGGCCCGAGAGCUGGCCCAGCUGAGGCAGAGAUCAGAAAAGGGCAGAGAAGUGUCAUUUGUACUGAAGAUCCUCCUCUCUGAAGAUGACCCUGAGAACGGCCAGGGCCAGGGCCUCCGUUGUCUGCUGGCUGCAGGGCGCAGGCUGGCAGAACGCCUUGCCGGCUCAUUCAGCCCAGGUUCUGCAGGGAGAUGGGGGUGCCUGGAGCCUCAAGUCCUCACUGGGUGAGCAGCACGUGACUACUCCUUGAGGUUAUGAUUUGUCAGCUUCUGGUCAAC